AAGGAUGAGCGAACUGACGGUUAACGCUAUUCAAGCUAUUCGUCAAGCACAUACUUAUGUGCUUUGGAGAUAGGGUAUAAAAAAGUAAGCAUAGCAAUAGUUGCUUAGCAAAACCGACAAUAGAACAAUAGAACUGUAUCCAACAUUUUCAUUGAAACGUCAUGGCGGAGACCAAAAUGCAAGCGAUGGAGCAAAUUUUAAGUCGGCCCCGUCGACACAUGUCCUUUUUAAUCGGACAGUAUGAAACGCAAUGCUACUACAGCCAAGAGUUUCUCACAAACCAAAGCGAAAUAUGCGCCUUCGUUAAACGUACACCCAGCUGCAGCUUCUAUGUCUACUAUAUGGAUUAUUUGAAACUUAUAUUUUGCACUUUGAAAUUAGAAUGGCAUACCAUAUUCUUUGCUGUUGCGGUCUUAUUCAUUCUUGUUGAAAUGUGCAUAACAUAUAUGAUUGCCAAGUAUUUUCUACUGCCCAACUUCCUAACGCUAAUGUCAACUGCGCCUAUUUCGCCAUAUGCCUUCUGCUUCACCUGCUCUUGUCUGCUGCUCCACUUGCCCGAGUACAUCAACGUCGUAAUGGGCUGUGUAUAUUCGAGGACAUAUGUGGCGUCCUUGGUUCUGGCGCGGACGCAAGGCGACCUUAUGCGAUGUUUUAGCGUGGGCAUAAUGCUACUCUGCGUCGAUGGCUAUCGCGUCAAUGGAUUAACACUUUGGGGCAACAUGAUGUUCAUAAUAGUGGGCCAUUUCUACCUGCAAAUUGUGGUGAGCAAGAAAUAUGAACUAUUUAAGCGGCCCGAUCUGCCCAUCGAAGAAAUGUAUAUGUUGAAUUUUCGCGCUCAACUGUUUCUCUUCGUCCUUAUUGUAAUUUUUGUGGUUGUGCUGCUAGUCUCUUAUUUGCGGCAGAGGCAUAAACGCAAAAAACCAAUUAAGGCCUCUGCCUCAGCAGUCUCCCUAAGUGAAAAUAGCAUUCAGGAUGAUCCGAUAAGCGACACUGAAGUGCAAAGUGUUCACGAGAGCACCGAACUAAGUGCCUGGCAGCUAUGGUGGGAUACGGUCAACGGAUAUAAGCGUAUGCGCGAUAACAAUAAAACUUUAGCCAUCUUAUUGACGCCUAUCUACUUUAGCUGUGCCUGUUUUGUGCCGGUGAUGGACAAAGAACGGGCCUUGCACGGCUGGUGCAAGGCCGUGGUCUGCACUGCCUACAUUACCUUUCCAUUCCUGUUUAUACCUUUCAAGCCGAUUUCCGUGCAAUGGACCAUGCUGGUACUGUCCUGCUGGUUUGUCUCUUUCCUAAUCCUUGUCGCCACAAAGGCACGCCAAUGUCCCAAACACUUGUGGUUCUAUUCAUUGACGGGUGUAUUUAUGGUGACUAUCACGACUCGAUUCUUCACCGACGAGGUCGAUAAUCUGAUCUGGCAAAUCGUCAGCAUGCAAUUCCAUGCAUCUCCAAGCUUAACAAACCUGAUAUUUUUCGGAAUAGAUGAUACCCUUAUCGUCGUCGUGGUGCUUAAUCAUCUGUUAAAGACGGAAAUGCUGGAUGCGGCCUUCGGUAUUGUUAUGAGCUUGGCCACCUACUCCGUAUACCUAGCGGUGCCUGAGCUGGUUCUCCACAAGUGCUAUAACCGAGAUGUAUUUAUUAUGAUUACUCCAUAUACGGAAACAUGCAUGGUUUUCACGCCCAUUCUCUUAGUCGGCAGCUUGCUACAUAUCUCCAUGUGCGGAUACGAGUUACGCUUCUCGCUGUUCGUAUACUUGCUCGUAUUUCUCAUAUCCUACGUUAUUUUCCAAUGGAUGUCGCAUUUAAAUUGGGUACAUGAAAUGGGCACAUUGCACAGGAUAACACCACCAAGGGAGAGUCCAAAAUUCUGGGCAUAAGUCAAUAUUGUUUUUAGUUUUAAGUCUUUAAGCAGAACAAAUAAAUUAUGCAAAAUUGUA